AUGCUGGGCUUCUUCAAACGAUGGAUGUCAUCCUCGGCGCCUCCGGAGAACUCUGGUCCGCUUCUAAGAAUGUCACUCGGACCCGAUACCAACUCGGAGAAUCACACAAUGAUCCAAUUCUUCACUUGGGAUGCUCAUCGUCCUGACAUGAGCUGGUGGCAACACUUAGCGGCCGAAGCUCCCCGUUUGGCUGAUCUUGGCAUAACCCAAAUAUGGAUACCUCCCGCCCAUAAAGCCCUUAGUAAAAACGGCCAAGGCUAUGAUGCCUACGAUCUGUGGGAUCUUGGCGAGUUCAAUCAAAAGGACACCAUCGCUACGCGUUGGGGUACCAAAGACGAGCUUCUACAGGCUGUGGCGACGGCCAAGCAACAUGGCAUCGACGUUCUCAUAGAUGCUGUCUUGAAUCACAAGUUAGGUGCCGAUGGAACGGAGGUCUUCAAUGCCAUACCCUCCAACGAUCAAAACCGCACCCAAGAUAUUGGCCCAGCGCGCGAGAUCGAGGGAUGGACAGUGUUUGGUUUCCCCGGACGAGGCGACAAGUACAGCACUAUGCAUUGGACACACCAGCACUUUACCGGUCUGGACUGGGACAAUCGGACCAAAAUGCAAGGGGUCUUUCGUAUCGUCAGCAAACGUCACAAGGGCUGGUCUAAGAACGUCGAUAAGGAGCGCGGCAACUACGACUACCUUCUAGGCGUUGAUAUAGACCAUCGUCACCCAGAGGUGCGCAAGGACAUGUUCGCCUGGGGAUCCUGGGUGUUAGACACAACUGGCGCUGCAGGAUUUCGCCUGGAUGCGAUCAAACAUAUCGAUUCCAAGUUCUUGCUUGAGUGGAUCCGCCGAGCUCGAAAAUCGAGUCCAGAUCGCUCCAAUAGCUUCGUGGUCGCCGAGUACUGGUCCGCCAACAUCAAGCUCGUUCAAAACUAUGUUCGCCUGUUCCAACGCGAGAUAGCUUUCUUCGACGUUCCCCUACACCAUAACUUCCAUGAUGCGUCAAGAUUAGGUCCCAAAUACGACUUACGAGGGAUUCUGAAGAAUUCCCUAACGUCUCUGUACCCCAAUGACGCCGUCACGUUCGUUGAUAACCAUGACACACAAGUCGGCCAAUCGUUGCAAAGUUGGGUUGACGCGAACUUCAAGCUGCAAGCUUACGCCUUGAUAUUACUACGCGGUCAAGGCCACCCAUGCAUCUUCUACGGAGACCUCUACCAGAACGAGGAGUGCUAUGACGAGGCCACAUCGCAAGGCGUUAUAAUUCUCUCGCGUGCUCGUCGGGAGUAUGCUUUUGGGCCGCUCAAGGACCUCUUUAUCCAUCAGAAUUGCAUCGGGUUUGUCCGUAGUGGCACGACGAAUAAGCCCGGCUGUGUCGUUGUUCUUUCAAACGCUCCGGAGGACACACCUCGAGAGCGUUGCACAAUCCGUGCGGAAGUCGGCCAAUAUUGGGCAGGAAGGCGCUACACAGGCCUGUUCGCUCCUCAUGAGAGCAUUGAAGUGCCAGCUGGCGGGGGUGACACCGAGUUCUGGUGCCCUCCGGGAAAGCUUCAAGUCUGGGUCCCCGCGCCUUCAUCGUCUUCUUGA